GAGAGAUAGAUAAUAUAUUUGUGUGUUAGAGAAUGCAAGAAUGAGACAGCAUAGCCUAUUAUCAUAUUUAUAUAUAUAUGUAUAUGUAUAUGAGAAAAGUACCGCAUUCAACACCUUUAAAUCUGCAUACAUUUGACGUCUAGUUUAUGGGAUUACAAAAAGAAGAGAAUAUCGCAUUGAAACAUCUGCGGAAAAGAUUGACCCUCUGAAAUCGAUUGAAGACUUUAAAGCAGCUUGAUUAUUAAAUCAAUAUCAUGAGUUGGUUUUCCACAGAAGAGAAUUAUCCACUGGAGGAUAAGAAUGAUGCUUCAUCUUUCUUAUCAUAUCAGUUCAAUUCAAUUCAAGGUGUUAUUAAAGAGAAAACAAUGAAAACAGAAAAUACUAUUAUCCAUAAUAAUAUUAAUAAUAAUAAUAAUAAUAAUAAUAAUAAUAAUGCAAAAAUAGCUAAAGAAAAUUCAAAACUAUGGUUAUUGGUAGACAGUAGUGAUGAGAAUACAAAGCUAUUGGAUAUAACAUCAAAACAACGCCUACCAUCAAUCUUUCCUAGUUUAUCAAUGGAAGGAUCUGUUGAUAAGAAUUAUCAAAGACAGAAACAGACCACCUGUCAAGUAAAAACAGAAUUUACUGUAAAUAAUAAUAAACCAUGCUGCGUUAAAAAUUUAGAUGAAAUUGAUCAGUUGUAUAACAAACUACGGAAACAGCUGAAUCAAAAUCACAUACUUGAAAAUUAUUUUUUAAUAAUUCUACAACAUUUAAUUAAAUCCCUGCUUCUAAUAAAACCGAAUAGCGUCAACAUGAAGAGUUCACAUGCAAAUACAUUAAAGUUGUAUAAUUCAAAACAUAUUAUCAUUAUAUGGAAACAAAUAAUUGAAAAGUGUCAUUUACUCAUAUGUUCUACUGGAACACCAUUGCAACAAGAUAAUUUUCUCCCUAAUGAAACGCUGAGCACAAAAUCAAUUCACAAAAGUCAAAGCUUUCCAGAAAUGUCAAAUAUCAUCAUUAAUAAUAAUAAUUAUUAUUUGUUAAAUGUUUCAUAUAUACUACAUAAUCCUUACUAUCAUUGCUUUGGUGCUAGUCUCCCUGUAAUAAACAAUAAUAAUAACAAUAGUAAUAAUGCUAAUAAAUCUACACCUCUGAUGUGUAAUAAAAAUAUUCAUGAAAUGCACGGAAGUACAUCAACCAGUGACUUUGAAUCUCUCUGCUCUGAUAAUGAAUUAACAAAUAAAUCAAUAAAAAGUGAACAAUUUACCGAUGAAAGUAAUAAAACUAUAAUUUUAUCCCAAAACGCUUCACAGGAAUCCAGUGGUAGUGUUGAAGUUAAUCCUCCUGCAUUAUCGUCGAGUACUUUCAUGUCGAAAACUGAUAGCAGUCAUAAAUGCAAAUUUGAAUCAAACACUGUGGAUGAAAAAGAAGAAGAAUUAGUCAUUUCAAAGAAAAGUGAUACAUCAAGUUCUAUGUCUUUUGCACCAGGUUGUACGCCACCUCCUCCCCCUCCAUUGCUACUCCCACAUCCUCCACCUCCACCCCCAUUGCCACCACCACUGAUUACUUCUUCAGCAUCGCCGGUAAUAGCUACAUCGAAUAAUUUUUUAUCUAAAAACCAACAAGCGGGCAACAGUGUCCCCCUUUCUACCAAUCAAACGGUAAAUAACACAUGGGGUAGUGAGAGUGAUAGGCAAAAGUUGAAACCAUUACGAUGGAUUAAAGUUUCUGCAUCUGAGCAGAUAAGUGUAUGGAACAAGACUAGCUUGCUUCAAACGGGUACUAAUCAUCGAUCGACAAUGUCAAAACAGGCAAACAAUUUCAUUAAUCUAGCUAAACUGAAUGUCUUAUUUGUUCAACAACAAAAACAGACUGUAAAAAGUCCAGAAGUGAAAAUAUCCCUAAUUGAUGAGAUAUCUUCACGAAAAUGUACACAAAUAGAUGAAAGCAGUAACAAUAAUAUUAGCUCGUAUUGUCAUAUGGCCAGGGACAAUGAUAUUAUUGUACAGGAUAAAAAGUUGACAGUAUUUCAAAUCAAUAACCCAAAACGACUUGAUGUCACUUCUGCAUAUCCUACACGUGGAAGAUCACUUUCAUCCUCUCGUACGAUGGAAUUUGUUCAAAAACAUUAUGAGGCAAAUUUACUGGAAAGUCAAAGAUGUCUAAAUGUAAACAUAUUUCUACGUCAAUUCCGGAACAGUCAUAUCAAUUUACUAGAUCUAAUCGAUCAGUGUGACGGUAGUUUAAUCGGUUCAGAAAGGCUGAGAGAUUUAAUCAAAUUAUUGCCAACAGAUGAAGAAAUAAAAACUUUUAAAAGCUUUCAAGGCAAUAUAAAUUAUAUGGAUCCUGCUGAAAGAUUCUUUUAUGAUUUAGUGAGAAUACCGAAAUACUAUCUUAAAAUUGACAGUAUGUUAUUAAAGGAAGAAUUCCAAACAGCCGUAAAUUGGAUAAAAUUAGCACUGGACAAUGUAAUGAAAACAGGCCAAGAGAUACUAACUUCGCCCUUAAUUUGCGAGUUACUUCAAACUGUUUUAGAAAUUGGGAACUAUAUGAACAGGGGUGACAACCUUGGAUCAGCAUCUGGUUUCAAAAUUUCCAGUUUACUAAAACUUUCUGAAGUUCGAUCGAAUGAUCCGAAAAUCACACUGUUGCAUUUUCUCGUUCAGGAACUGAAAGUUAAUAAUUCACCGAUACUUAGAAUUAAAGAAACACUACCGUGUUUGAAAGAAGCAUCUGAGGUGUCACUAGAAUUAGUUAUGAAAGAAAUUAAUCGAUUCAGAAGCAGGUUAAAAAAUAUGAGUGAAUAUUUUAACCAAGAUGCUUUUGAAGAACACUCACAAAUCCAUGAUUUUAUUGAAACAUCUAAUAAAGAAUUAAAUGAAAUGAAGUCUACUGAACAAGAAAUAAGUGAAUACGAGUCAUUGCAUAAAGAAAGAACAGAUAAAGUGAACAAAGUUGAAGCAUCACUUACAGGAUACUCUAAAAGUGAUGAAAGACACAAUCGACCAAUGGAUAAUAUCAAACAGUCAAAUCAAGAUGCGCAUAACAUGAUGAUUGAAUUAAUUUCAAAAAAUCUGUCACAUCCAAGAAUAGUUCAUAGUCAACCAAGAAGUAGAUUUAAAAGCAAUAAAUUGAGUUUAUCAACAUCAACAAAUUCAUUGUCUAAACUUUUAUCAGAAGACAACAAUACAACAUUGAAUCAAGGAAGAAAUUAUACAAGUCAGCUGAAUAUUGCAUCAAAAUCUGUUAACAUUCCGAAUGGUUCAUCUCUAUUCGAACAAUAUCCAGGGACAAACUCAGACGUGAUAAACAACAGCAAUACUACAAAUAUAAGAUCACGUCAAUCAUCAGGAAUUGGACAAAAACUCCGCAUAAACUCGAAAUUUCAAACAAUGAAUGAUGAUGACAUCGAAGUAGAACGUGAACGUAGACCCUGGUCACAGAUUAGAAAUCAGCCAGUGAAAACAGUGAAAGGUGUAAAAGAAACACUGAAUCCACUAACAAAGGAUACACAAGAGAAUUACACCAGUGAUGAAGAAUCAUUCUAUCAACUAGAUGAACGAAUCAAACGAUUAACAUCAAAAUUUAACAAGAAAUAUUAACAAUUAGAAAUAUUGAAAAGAAAAUUGAUAAUAUUCUAUCACAUAUGUGGUGCAAUACACUCACUCAUUCUUCUUGGAAACAAGUUUUAUGUA